GGGCCGCCGCCGGGCCGCCGCGCUGGUUGGGCGCCGCGCGUGUCACUUAGCGGCGGGGCCGCGGCGGGCGGGGCCGCGACGGGCCGGGCCAAGCCGGCAGGUAACACCCCCCAGCCCCGCGGGCGACCGAUGGGGAAGGGGAGCAGCCGGGAAGUGAAAAAGGAGAUUUAAAGAAGAAAAAAAAAAAAAAAAAAAAAAAAAAAAAAAGCAAGAACUAAAAGUCAUUGCUAAAAUUGAGCGUUUUGGAAGCACGCCUCUGCCUGGAGCCGGGGAUGGGACGCGGGCUCUCCUUGUCCGCUGCCGGCCGACCAUUCCCACGCACUCCGUGGGCUUCCCAAGUCCCUCCGGUUGCGCGGCGACCCGGCGGCCCGGCCCUCAGUGGGAGUGGGGCCGGAACCGGCGGAACCGGCGGUGGCUCCGCGCCGGGUUCAUGCCCCCGUCGUUUCACGCCCGCCGCUUUCUGCCCUUCCACACUGAUAGGGACCGGAUUUUCGGACCCGACUUUUUUUCAGCCCCUCGCACAUCCCACUUGGCCCUGUUAUCUCAUGUCACCAUUCGCUUUAGUUACUAUUAAGCGCGAACAGCGCUGGAUGCGUUCGCCCGGUGGCUGCGGAGGACCUACGGGGGGACACCACCGCUCCCCAGGCUGCGCCCCCGACGCUCGGCCCGGCGCCGCUUGCACGGCCCCACAGCUCCCACUAGCGGCCGGCGGCGGCCCCUCGGCUGCGCCCCUCGGCCAUGCCCUGGCCGCGAGCCCACGCGGUCCCCCCGAAAAGAGCCGCGAACUACGGGUGGGGGUCUCCCAGCCGGGCUGGAAACCGAACGGACUUCGUCCAGAACCUCGAGGCGGAGGGACGGAAUUGCAGAGCCGGAGACGCGCUUUGGUGGGAAAAGGAUCCGCUCCCCAGGACGGGGGCUUAGCGCCCGAGUGGGAGGCACAGAUUGCGCGUCGGAGGCCGCCGCGGAGCGAAGCGCUUCGUUAUCCGACUGUGAGCAAACGCGCGGCGCGGAGCCCGGCGGGAGCCAAGGUAAACACGGAGCCCGACAAACGCUCCCAGCACCACCGACGUGUAAAGUGGGUUUGCCUCGAUUUUGUCACGCUGCCGCUUCUGUUGUUUGGAAGCAAAAGGUGAUGGGCGGUGUUUUGUGAAAGCUGUGUGUAAACGGUGACCUCUAACUCUCCGUAUCCUUUCCUUAAGUAAACCGGAGGAAAUGAAGAGCGCUGGUAUUGUCUGAAAAUAUCCUCCUGCGGCUAAAUAUAUCACUUGACUCCUAUUGUCCAGCGGCUAAUCAUUCUGCGUAAAUACAGCUGUUUUCGUCCUCACCGUGCUCGCUGUAACCCACAAUAACAAAACCACCUUGACUUGGGAACCCGGCAAAAAACGGGAACUUAUUUCUAGGAUAUCCCAAGCAGCAACGGUU